AUGGAGAUGCAGGGGCUUGAGACAGAGGGAGACCCUGUUAUUUUAUUUCAGGACAACAAAAUGAUGGAGAACAGCACCGGGCUGCUCAACUACUCCCGGCACGAUCCGGGACAGGAGGAGAGGGUCUUAAAACGUCCCGCAUGGGUACCUUUUACUCUUGCAUCUAUCCUCAUCUGUACUAUUGUAGUGGACAUCUUGGGCAACAUCCUGGUCAUCCUUUCGGUGUAUCGGAACAAAAAGUUGAGGAAUGCAGGCAACAUAUUUGUGGUAAGCCUGGCCAUUGCAGACUUGGUUGUGGCAGUCUACCCAUACCCCUUGGUACUUACAUCUAUAUUUCACAAUGGAUGGAACCUGGGAUACCUACACUGCCAAAUUAGUGGUUUUCUGAUGGGUCUGAGUGUCAUUGGAUCCAUAUUCAACAUCACUGGCAUUGCCAUUAACCGCUACUGCUACAUCUGCCAUAGUUUCAAGUAUGACAAGUUGUAUAGUAACAAGAAUUCCCUCUGCUAUGUUGCUAUAAUUUGGCUGCUGACAUUUGUGGCCAUUGUGCCCAAUUUACUGAUUGGAUCACUCCAGUAUGACCCCAGAGUCUUUUCCUGCACAUUUGCACAAUCUGUCAGUUCAGUAUAUACAAUAAUCAUUGUAACUUUUCAUUUCAUCACUCCCAUCAUCAUUGUUACCUUCUGUUACCUGAGGAUAUGGAUCCUUGUCCUUCAGAUAAGACGGAGAGUGAAACCUGACAACCAACUCAAACUGAAACCACAUGACUUCAGGAACUUUGUCACCAUGUUCGUGGUCUUUGUGCUUUUUGCCAUCUGUUGGGGCCCUUUAAACUUUAUAGGUCUUGCAGUGGCUAUCAACCCUGUCAAGAUCAUUCCCAGAAUUCCAGAAUGGCUGUUUGUGUCCAGUUACUACAUGGCCUACUUUAACAGCUGCCUUAAUGCUAUUAUAUAUGGAUUGCUGAAUCAGAAUUUCAGAAAGGAGUACAGAAGAAUUAUAAUAUCCCUUUGCUCAGCAAAAGUAUUCUUUGUGGAUAGCUCUAAUGAUGUGCCAGAGAGAAUGAAAAGCAAACCCUCUCCUCUGAUGACCAACAACAAUCAAUUAAAAGUGGACUCUGUGUGAAAAAAACCUUGUUGCUACACAUGAAUUUAUUUAUUUUUCUUCAUAUGCACAGCUGUAGUUGAAUAUUUU